GUUCGUGUUUUACUAUUGCACAGCCUUUUCAGAAAUUACGCCCAAUAGAUAAAAUGGCGCAUACUAUGAAGGGCAGUGCCUAGGUUGCGAUCUGGCUAUAGUACGCGUCGCUUGCUCUUAUGUUGAAUCGCAAAGGCCAAUAUAAACUCUGUACUUCCAGUUGAACUCUUCGAAAGCAUGCUCAGCAGUCUGCUGUGUCAACCAACAUGUCCAAGGUCUUGAAGCAAUUUGAAAACGCCAUUUUUAAGGGAGGGCUUUACAAAAAGCUCUUCCAGAAACAAACCCCUGGCAAGCGCAUCGCACCACCACCGGCUAAGGACAAUGACUCCAUAUAUCAACUACGUCUAGACGCCGGCGAGUCCAUAGAUGGGAAGAAAAAUGUUUAUUUGCAGGUCAACUCCCAGGCCAAAAAUGAUGCUCUCAAAGCUUUCAGGAAGAAAAACGGAACGGAUGCGGAUCUGGCCUCCGGUUCCAUCGAUGAGAAUACCCCCGAUGAGUCGCAGGAGGAAGCCGCGCGGAAGCUCUGGGAGGAUCUGGCAAAGCAAGCGAAAAAUAGGCUUGGCUGAACAACGCUGUCUGCUAAUGUAUGCACCCUUUUUAUACGUUGUGCAGAUAUCGUUCUAAGGACUUCUGUGUAGGGCAUCCCAAGAAUGUUGCUACGUUUGCAACGGGACGACAUGAACUAGGAGGGUUUUCCGACCGUGAUGUAAAGCUGCUGCUGGAUUUGACUUCUCAUCUACAUUUUGAUGUUAUUGAAUGACUUUCUUUCCCGUUUCAACGUUGAUGUUUUGCAGUAAUUGGAUGCCUUCUACUUCCAUUAGAAUUAUCGUAAGAUCAGUGCACCGAUCUCAAUCUGACCCCCGGCAAAGGCCGUUUCGUUCGCGCCUCCCGAUGAUUGACUGGUAGUCAAAAGCAUCAGUCAACGCGGAAAGAUUUUUGAGUAGGGCACUCGCUAUUUUCGCCAGUCGCGCCAUUUAAUAUGCUCUCCGCUCGUGUCAUACGUGUGCCAUAUGAGCAUAACCCUACUGGCGUAAAUCAUCCAGCGCCUGGCGAGACAAGGAGAUCGACCCUCUCUUCUUAUCCAGCUAUCAUUAUAUGUUAGCCAAAUCAUCUCCUCUGUUCUUACGCAUUCCUUGAGGAUACC